AUAGCCAACUGUUCGAAUCCAAAAGUUGGAACAGCCGACAAGUCAGUUCAGCAGAGAAGGGCGGAGAAGAAUUCAAUCAAAUUUUAAUGUGCCUUGACAUUUUUAAAGUGUGACAAUGGUGCCAAUCAAAUCAUAUUGUGCCUUGGAUGGGUACUAUGAAAUGUAUGAUACAAUUGGAAGUGGAGGCUUUGCUAAAGUCAAACUUGGCGUCCACUGUCUAACUGGUGAAAAAGUUGCCAUAAAAAUAAUGGAUAAGAAGCAAUUAGGGGAUGACCUACCCCGAAUUCGACUGGAAAUCGAAGCCAUGAAAACUCUGAGCCAUCAAAAUGUUUGUAAAUUAUUUCAAGUCAUUGAGACUGAUUCCAAAAUUUUUAUGAUCCUUGAGUAUUGCCCUGAUGGAGAGUUAUUUGACUAUAUUGUUGAAAGAGAUAGGUUAACGGAAGAUGAAGCAAGACAUUUUUUCAGGCAAAUUGUUGCUGCUGUUGCUUACAUACAUCACAAAGGAUUUGCGCAUCGUGAUCUGAAACCGGAAAACUUGCUGCUAGAUGAUGGUCAACAGCUAAAACUUAUAGAUUUUGGACUUUGUGCAAAACCGAAAGGUGGGAUGAAUUCUCAUCUAGAAACUUGUUGUGGUUCGCCAGCAUAUGCUGCUCCAGAGUUAAUUUCUGGGAAAUGCUAUUUAGGAUCCGAAGCAGACAUUUGGAGCAUGGGUGUCCUUUUGUAUGCUCUUCUUUGCGGUUAUCUUCCUUUCGAUGACGAUAAUAUAGCUAUACUUUAUAGAAAAAUUCAAAGCGGCAUUUACGAAAAACCAGAAUGGUUAAGCGAAUCCAGCAUGGAAAUGCUAGAUCGGCUCCUUCAGGUAGACCCUAAACGUCGGAUCACUAUUGCGCAGUUAUUAAACCAUCCUUGGGUGACCAAAGAUUGCUACCCAAACUAUAACGUGCAAUGGGAAAGCAUCUAUCAAACCAAGGAACUUGAUGACGAAUGCGUGACUGAAAUGGCCGUGUCGGUCGGCAAAUCCAGAAAAGCAAUGCAUUCAAUCUUGUCUGACUGGUCUUACGACUACAACACAGCAACGUAUCUGCUACUGUGGAAGCGUAAACAGCUUUCGAAGUCCGUUAAGCUAAUGAGAGAUCAACCGAGCAUACCUGGAACCCCAGUGUCGGGAUUGAAGCGCAACUUGAUGGAAGAAAUGAAUUCUGCCGGUGAUAAUCUCACUAGACGCAAUUCUCUAAAAAAUUCGCCUCGAACCAUACAUACAUCAUUGGAGGGAGGACUCGAUGACGUGGAUCUCCUGGCGAUCGGACAAGGAAGCCCCAUCAGUGACAUCAUUCAACGCGUCCUCGAAACGCAGCCUCCAUUUUCCCAUCAGCAUAACAGCAAUAUGACGCCUUUGGCUAAAAAACGACCUUUGGAGGAGAAAGAAUCAGAAUAUGUUUUUGCCAAGCCAGUAUCUGUGGCUCCCACUCCAUCUCGUAAAACCAAAAGACAAUCCCCGGACCAUUCCAAACUCUCUCCGUCACGCUCAAUGGACAGCGCCCUAGAUGACAUAUCAAAAACUCCAGCUACUCCAAGGAGUAGCCGAAUAAACGACGAAAAUCGUUGGAUGGAUACUCCUGAGCGAGGUGGCGUUGCAGGAUCUAAAUCAGCCCGAAAAAUGUUUGGUAGUAUUGAACGAGGACUGGACCGCGUUCGCCUGAUGCUCACGCCUCGUCGGAGACAGCUGCAGCGUGGGGAUGGAGAAAUGGAAUUUGCGUCGAACGGACCGAACGUAGUCGACAACAAGACGCUUUACAACGUUUCAACCACAUCCAGCCGUGAUCCUGAUUUCGUCUUGUCGGAAUUGCGCAGAGCACUCCAGAGCAAAGGCAUUCCUGUUAAACAAAAAGGGUACACGUUACGAGGAAGGAUCACGGAAGGCGUCAGAGCCAAGUUGUCUUUCGAACUGGAAGUCUGCCUCAUUCCACGAGUUGAUGUGGUCGGCAUUCGCAGAAAACGAUUGAAAGGUGAUGCCUGGUGCUAUAAGCGCGUUUGUGAGGAAGUUCUUCGUAUGGCCUCUAUCCAAACAGCCGCUUAAUAAUGCCAUCAAACAAAACGGUAGUAAUAUGCAAUUGCAUGAAAUACUAUUAUGCUACCCCAUGUGUUGAUUUGCAUUUUUAGAUGGUCAACGUACGAUUGAUUCUCUCGUCUUGCCUUUAACGAUUUUAAAUUUUCCAAAUUGAUGUUCUUUUUUUUACUUAAAAAAAACUCUUUUCCCCCGUUUCCUCAAAUGCCAUAAUAUUGCCCACACUUGUGAUUCCAAUUUUAGCAUGUAACCGUUUGGUCGAUAGGAAGGUGAUGGGUAAAAAUGGUACUGAUUUGAAUUCAUGGACGAGUUUCAUGGGUCGUGUUAACGUGGUACCGUGUACAUUAAGCAUUACUUACAUUUCAUUUAUCUCUUACCUUCGAACGUUUUUUUUCUUCAUGACGAUAAUAAAUGCAGCGAAAGCCAA